AUGGUUAGGGAGCUCCAAAGCAUGGACAUGAGUCUGGGUUUCCUUGUAGAUAAACAAGGGAUGACCCCCCUUCAUGUUGCAACCAUUGAAGGAAGAGUUGAAGUACUCAGAGAAAUCCUGAAUGUGAAUCCUCAGUUCUUAUGGAUACUAACGAAAGAGGGGGAGACAGCUCUCCAUCUCUGCACGAAGGCGAACUGCUUCAAUGUUACGAGUUAUUUGGUGGAGAAUUACGAUGUUGGUGCGAUUUUGAACUUGCCCGACAAGGAUGGGAUCACUGUUUUCCAUGUCGCCGCUGCAAGGAAACUGAUUCAGAAAUGGUGGAUCGAUAGCUCCGGCAUCAUCACUGCCAAAGAGGUCCCAAUCCUUACAAGAAGAAAAAAGGCAGAAGAAAGAAAAUGGGCAACAUCACAAAAGAGGGAAGAAGAGUGGUUGAGCCAACGAUUCUACACCAUCGUGUUGGUCGCGGUGUUAAUCGCCACCGUCACAUUCCAAGCAUUGAUUACUCCUCCUGGAAACAAUGAGAAAGCCAAGGAUACAUCGAAUGCAUCUCAAAAUUCUCCCAUGAGCAAUGACCCAGGCUAUAAUUGGGAGAAAACGUUCAGUAACUGGAAUUAUCAUGGAUUCAUGUUAUGUGAUACGGUGGGGCUCAUGUCAUCGUUAUUCAUCAUCUUGCUGAUAAUGAGUGUGCAACCAGAUAAACUCCAGAUAUUAAUGCGAGUGUUGAAGGUCAUAAUGUGGGUCUCUGUCUACUUCACAGCCAAUGCUGCCUUCUUUGCCUUCAAUCAAUGGUGUCGCUUUAACAGUGUUGUUCGUGAAGUUCACCAUGAAGCUGUGGAGGAAGGGUCGAUCAAUGUUGAGGGUCAUGGUGGUCCUCCUUUGGACUGCUGUCUACCUACCAGUCUCCACCAUCCUAUAUUUCUAUUUUAUGUUCUUGCCCAUUUUGCAUGA